GGAGGAGGAGGAGGAGGAGGAGGAGGACGAGGACGAGGCGGUUCUGGAGCGAGUUGCAGCGGGGCAGCAGAGCAGAGCAGCGAGGCAGCGAGCUUCACCCCAACUCGCCCGUCUCCGUUCGGGCAGGCAACUCGGGCUUUUAUCGCCCUCGAAAUGAAGAGCAAAAGCGCCCUUUAUCGCGGAGGACACCUUUAAGUUCGCGGCGGACCCAGAACGGCUCACAUUAAUGGCUUAGUGCGCGAGUUUGGGGCAGUUUUGGGGAUGAGGGAGACGACGACGACGGCGGUUUUCGCUCCCUCGUUGUCCAACGGCGAGAGGACAAGAUGGCAGCUCGGCAAGUGUUUUGAGCAUGGUGUGGGCGCAUAUUGAGUCCCUGACAUGUCCAGAGAAGCCUCGCAUUUCGACGACGGUUGCUGGCUGUGAAGGUAUGGCCUCACAGGUUUUGGUCUGCCCACCGCAUGUGUAUCAACCCCAGACAAGUGCCUUUAGCAGCGUGAGGAAAGCGGAGGCAAGCGGCUGUGUGUACCAUGAGAAGACCCCUCGCACCUACGUGGUCGGUGUGAAUCUUGGCAUUGCGCACCCAACCAAUAUUGUCCCUUCGUUAAAGACAGAAGUGUGGGAGGGUGCUAGACCCCGUGGCGCACCGGACCUGUUACAGACUGUGUGUUCUUCGUCGGCCCCUGCGAGGCGUCCCUCGCCCUACAGGUGCGUGGAGCCGGGAGGAGUUGUGGGGCGUGUUUUCGGCACGGUCACAGCAGGUGAGGAGGACAGAGGAGACGGUGGCCAGAGCAGCCAGAACAGAGCUUCUGGAGGAGCAGGUGGAGGUGAGCUAGAAGGGGAGGGAGAGGGCGACGAAGAGGAGGAGGAGAAGAGAGGGAGGACUGAAGGUUUGAAUUCUGUGGACGGAACCCUACGAUGUGGGUUUAAACGCAAAGGUGAAGAGCUGGACAGUAAAAGUAAGAGCACCAUGCAGAUAGUAGAGGAACAUUCCACGCUACCUGCCAUGCUGCAAAGCAACGUGGGGACUACAGCCACAGGUGUGGCACCCUCCAAACAGACCGGGACAGGUGUGGGCGGGGCAGCUGCAGGAGGGGAUGGGGACUACCAGCUGGUUCAGCAUGAGGUCCUCUGUUCCAUGAAGCACACCUACGAGGUGUUGGAGUUCCUGGGCCGAGGAACUUUCGGUCAGGUGGUCAAAUGCUGGAAGAGGGGCACCAACGAGAUCAUGGCGGUGAAGAUCCUGAAGAACCACCCGUCGUACGCGCGGCAGGGCCAGAUCGAGGUGGGCAUCCUGGCCCUCCUGAGCAGCGAGAACGCGGAGGAGCACAACCUGGUGCGUGCCUUUGAGUGCUUCCAGCACCGAAACCACACCUGCCUGGUUUUUGAGAUGCUGGAGCAGAACCUGUACGACUUCCUGAAGCAGAACAAGUUCAGCCCACUGCCGCUGAAGAUCAUCCGGCCGGUGCUACAGCAGGUAGCCACGGCGCUGAAGAAGCUGAAGAGCCUGGGCUUGAUUCAUGCUGACCUCAAGCCUGAAAACAUCAUGCUGGUGGACCCCGUCAGGCAGCCUUACCGCGUGAAGGUCAUAGACUUUGGCUCAGCCAGCCAUGUCUCCAAAGCAGUGUGUUCCACUUACCUGCAGUCGCGCUAUUACAGGGCUCCAGAGAUCAUCCUGGGCUUGCCUUUCUGUGAGGCCAUAGACAUGUGGUCACUAGGCUGCGUCAUUGCUGAGCUGUUUCUGGGCUGGCCGCUGUACCCUGGAGCGCAGGAGUAUGACCAGAUCCGCUACAUUUCUCAGACUCAAGGGCUGCCUGGAGAAAAGCUGUUAAAUGUGGGAACGAAAACAUCUCGCUUCUUCUGCAAGGAAUCUGACUCGGCGUAUGCAGCUUGGAGACUGAAGACGACUGAGGAGCAUGAGGCGGAGACUGGGAUGAAAUCGAAGGAGGCCAGGAAGUACAUCUUCAGCUGCCUGAAUGACAUUGGCCACGUAAACCUGGUGCUGAAUAUGGAAGGCUGUGACCAGCUUGCUGAUAAGGCGGACAGGCGGGAGUUUGUGGAUCUCCUGAAGACAAUGUUGCUCAUUGAUGCCGAACAGCGCAUCAGCCCCUCAGACGCACUCAACCACCCUUUUGUCACUAUGCAGCAUUUACUGGACUUCCCCCAUAGCAACCAUGUGCAGUCAUGUUUCCACAUCAUGGACGUGUGUCACUCAAGGGGCAGCACGUACGACACGGUGAACCGUAACAAGGCUCCGCCCCCACUUCUGAAGCCCGUCACCCUUCCCAGCGCCCCCAACAUCACCGUGGCCUUCAACAAAAUACCACCCAUGCACUCGCAGGCUCUGCCUCCACCUGCUCCACCUGUGGUACACCCUGGUAUUCCCCUUCAGACAGGAAGUGCUCAGUUCGGCUGCACUGAUUCUUUUCAACAAGCACUCAUCCUUUGCCCCCCAACCAUUCAAGGAAUUGGGUCGAAUCCAAGCCAACCCAGCUAUUCUGUCCGAAUGGAGAACACUCUGCCGCUGGUGACGCAGGCCCCAGCCAUCCAGCCCUUACCCCUACGACCUGGAGUCAUAGCACAGCAGCCUUGGUCCAACAGAACUCCACAGAUUCUGGUCCCAGCGUGGCAGCAAGUGGCUCCUCCGCCAACCACCCUGCCUUCAGACACUGUCGCUGGCCCUCAGAGGAGAGGGGACUGGGGGAAAGUGCGCCCACACAGCAGUCAUUACGGUUCCAUGAUGCCCCAACCCCUCAUGGCCAACCAGAUGGCCGUGUCAGCGCACCAGCCCAUAAACAUAGGCAUCGCUCAUGUAGUGUGGCCCCAGACUGCAGCCAGCAAGUGCAGCAAGCCUAGUCAGAACAGGAGUGUGAAUGUUUCGCACUACACAGACACACAGCCCUCAGUGUGUCUCUCACCAAAGACUCGAGACAGGCUGCGGAACCCGGAGGUGGAUCUUACCCCUCGCGGCAGGGAGGCAGUAUCUCGGGUGGAGCAGGAGCCUGUGCAUUCAGAGGAGUCUGAGGACGUGAGCUGCUGUAAGGCAGGACAGCACUCUGGCGAGCAGCUGGCAGUAGCUCGUCAGCAACGGGAAUCCAUUGUUAUCGGUGAAUCACCAAGCCCAGCUGUCAGCGUCAUCAGCAUAAGCAGCGACACGGAUGGAGAGGAGGAGGCAACACAGAGGUGUUCACUCAACACGUGCAAGGGCAGUACAGAGUGUGAGGCAUGUAAGGGGUCUCUGAAUAUGGAGCGUGUGUGUUCUCUCAGCAGCCCAGAUAGCAGCCUAAGCACCAGCUCCUCAGCCUCAGCCCAGUCCAGUCCUUCACCUUGCAAGAGACCAAACAGCAUGUCUGAGGAUGAUGGUCACGAGAGCGGCUGCGACACCAUUGAUGGUUCUCCAGCAUCAGAUACAUCUCUUGGGCGGCACAACAGCCCCUUCCCCGAGAGACGGUUCAUGAACAACAACCAGAACCAGGAGGCCCGAGUACGGCGAAGUCAGCCACAAACCGAGCUCAACAAGCCGGCCGUGAGGACCAUGGUGGUGCCGCCAUUGAGAGUGGUCACCAAUAACAACUAUCAGCAACACCUCCACCAGCAACCCAGUGGAGAGCAGCACCACACCAGCACAGUCUUAGAGUCAUCGUGCCAGUCUCGCGGGCGUUGCGGCCCCGGACGGCUGAGCCUGCACUCCACGCCCACUCUGCCCCGCCAGCAGAAGAUCACCUCUACAUUCCAGCAGCAGCCACUGGGCUUUGGCCAGGUCCAGCACUACGGCUCCUGUCCCAAGGAGUGGAAUGGCAACUACACUCAGCCGCCACGCCGUCCGCAGGCCUUCAUCCCCCCAACAGUUCACGGCCACCCCUUCCCCCCUCUGCAGCCACACGGCAGCCCCACCCACUCGGCCGGACCGCCGCCCCACCACCCGCCCGCUCUGCUAUCUUACCCUCCCUCCGGCCCACCUGUGGCCCACCUGCUUCCCUCGCCGUGCCCGGCUCCCCCCCAGCCCCCCCGCCCCGUCCUGCAGCCCGCCUACAGCCUGGUGCCUCAGGGCCUCAGCGUGGGCAUCGAUCCGCGCCUGUUGCCGUCACCCACCCUGCACCCGCCCGCACACUUCAAGGCCCUGUUCCCGCCGCAUUCGUACGUAGCCUCACCCGCUUACGCAGGCUUCCCCCUCAGCCCCACCAAACUGCCCCAGUACCCCUACAUCUGAGCUGCUGGAGCCCACGGAGCAUGCGCAGCCGCCACUGAUGCAUAGAAACUCACGCACCGCUCCCGUACCUUACCGCUCUGAUGUUGUUUUUUUUCCUAAAGAAUAGUAGUAUAAUGUCAGAGGUGGAGAUUACAUAAUCGAAGAAAAAGAACGAAUGAGUGUAUGAAAUGAUAAAAAGAACUCACUUUUCAUGUUUUUUGCACAUUUGAUAUUAAGAGGAAAAAAAAAAAAGAGUAAACCCACCCCCAAG